AUUGCGCUCGGAGAACUAGUGGUUUAGUUUUCUUUCAUAAUUUUGACCGAAGCUUCGUACAGUAGUCUGUAGGCUAUUUGUGGCGUGGACAGACAGCAUGGUUGGAGGGCUAAUAUGGAAACGAUUCAGCAUUAUUGCGACCUUCCUCUCGUUUGUUGCUCUUCCGUGUUUGUGUGCUAAUGGAGAGCAAAUAACCCCACUAGUAGUCGAGGAGUUGCUGUUAUGGGUCGGUGGAGGAGCUGGAGAGGUCAACACCUAUCGGAUUCCUUUGCUUACGUUCACGAAGCGUGGGAGCCUACUAGCGUUCUCUGAAGCAAGGAAACAAAGUGAAGUCGAUCUUGGGUCAAAGUUCAUUGCCAUGCGCCGCUCCACUGACAAAGGAGCAACCUGGUCCCCCACUUCCUUCAUUGUGGAUGAUGGCUCUCUGGCUGAUGGUUUGAAUCUGGGCUCAGUGGUCAUAGAUGAGGAGAAGGGCUCUGUGCUGCUCAUCUACUCUCUCUGUUUCCAUAAAUACCACUGUAGUACGUCCAGUACCAUGCUGGUGGAGAGCCUGGACGACGGUCUCAGUUGGAGUGCUCCACGCAACCUGUCUGACAUGCUGGGGGUCAAGAGCUUUGCCCCUGGCCCAGGAUUUGGCAUACAGAAGCAGUACCCCCCAGCUGUAGGCCGUUUGGUGGUUUGUGGUCAUGGUUCAAUUCCUGGAGACGGCGUCUUCUGUAUCUUGAGUGAUGACCAUGGCGUCACCUGGAGGUACGGGGCCGCACUGAAGAGCAUCCCUUAUAACCAGCCCAAAAAGGCCCAGGAUUUCAAUCCUGAUGAGUGCCAGCCAGUUGAGAUGGAGGACGGAAGUAUUGUCAUUAACGUCCGCAACAAUAACAACUACCACUGUCGGUGCCGGAUGGUAGUGAGGAGUUUUGAUGGGGGAGAGUCCUUGCCUGUGGAGGAGCUGAUCUUUGACCACACUCUAGUGGAUCCUGCUGUGGCAGCUGGGGCCCUGCAAAAAGAGGGAAUCCUCUUCUUCACCAACCCAUCUAAUGAGCAGCACAGAGUGAACCUGACUCUUCGUUGGUCUUUGAAUAAGGGUCAGUCAUGGGAGCAGAAGGCUGUCCAGAUCUGGGCUGGUCCAAGUGGCUAUUCCUCCAUGACCUCAAUUAGAGGUCACACUCCAGAAGAUAAGAAGUACAUUUACGUAAUCUAUGAAAAAGGACACAUAGACUAUGAUGAGUCUAUCUCCUUUGUGAAGGUUCACCUGUAUGGGGGGAUUUAAGGUGGAUGAAUAGCAUGGAUAGGGAAAGGGAUAAAGGGAUUUCAGGAGGAGAAGUUGUUUUACUUUUUGCGGAAUUUCUGAAGGUUGAUUUCCCAGAAGUAGUACACAGAGCCUUCCAUAAGCAUUUGGUCAUCUCCUAUCUGUUGCACAAUCUCCUCCUGCCCAGUGCUUCCACUCUGAUACACCUUCAGAUUGUGUUUGUGUGAAUGAAAAAUGAAGGUUAAUUGAUCAAACUGUUAUUUUAUCAUUGAAAAAAAAAGCCAUUCAUCUCCCAAUCUGUUGAUGCAUUGACAUUGUCACUUUACCUGAUUUUACUGUCUUCACAUUUGUUUUCUGUUUUGUGUUCAUUGUGUAGACUACUAUCUAAGCUCAGUGGUUUUAUACCUCAGGACCAAGAGUCCUCUCAUGUGCACAUGAAAUUGAAUGAAAUUUAAGGGGUGAUCAGUGAAUUUGUAAGUGGAGCUUUUUUCCAGUUCUUUAUCUAUUUAUGUUCUGGGUGCAAUCACCAGAAACGGUGGCAUGAUCAUGGACUUCAAUUAGCGAACAUUUGGUAACAUCUUAUAAAAGCUUUUUGCUAAUUUAUUUUUGUAUAUUUUAUGACCAUUUUUAAAUAUAUAAUUAUCCAACUUCCCACAGAGAACUAAAUACAUGUUAUGUCUCAUUUCAAUUGCUUUAAUAAUAGGAGAUGAAAAUGUAAGGCUUUCUGAAAACAUCACCUGUGAACAAUCACCUCAGAUGGUUCUUGAUUCUGUCAGUUUUUGUAUAUAGUGUAUUUUGCCUACAACAGGAUGAAUAAAAUUCUUUUCGUAUAA